UUUUUUAACUCCAGUCCGUAUUGGCAACUAUGGCAGGAAGCAAAUCAAAAUUUCAAAGAAUUUUGUUCUCUAACUAUUGCCAAAUGCUUAUAACAAUUAAAUUUACACUUUUCCUUCUCAUUGCUAUAGUUACACCACCAAAUAAUAAUACCUUAUAGUUAUAUUUGUAGCAGAAUUGUGCAGUGAAAUUGAAUUAUCUUUGAGUUAGUAAAAAAUUCAAGAAUUGGGAUAUGGAGAAAUCACCAGAGGAAUUGCACCCAGUUAUGGCAUUUGGUUGGGCUGCUAGAGACACUUCUGGUUUCCUCUCCUCCUUCAAAUUCUCCAGAAGGGCAACUGGUGACAAGGAUGUUAAAUUGAAGCUUCUUUACUGUGGUAUCUGUCACUCUGAUAUUCAUCAGUUGAAGAAUGAAUGGGGAUCUUCUCUAUAUCCUCUGGUCCCUGGACAUGAGAUCGUGGGUGAAGUAACUGAGGUUGGUAUCAAGGUAGAGAAGUUCAAAGCCGGGGAUAAAGUUGCUGUGGGAGGGUAUUGUGGAUCAUGUCGAUCUUGUGAAAACUGCACCAACAAUCUUGAAAAUUAUUGUUCCAAGGGAAUAGCCACCUACAAUGCAAUCUACCAUGACGGAACACCAACGUAUGGAGGCUACUCGAACAUGAUUGUUGUCGAUGAACAUUUCGUCUUUCAUGUCCCAGAAAACUUGCCCCUAGCUACUGCAGCCCCUCUUCUUUGUGCUGGAAUUACAAUGUACAGUCCGUUGAGAUACUUUGGACUAGACAAACCAGGCCUUCACAUUGGUGUAGUAGGUCUAGGUGGACUUGGUCAUGUUGGUGUCAAGUUUGCCAAAGCCAUGGGGCUAAAGGUGACAGUAAUUAGUACAUCUCGAAAUAAACAGAAGGAAGCUCUUGAGCGCCUCAGUGCUGAUUCGUUUUUGGUCAGCACGGAUGAGGAUCAGCUGCAGGCUGCUAUGGGCACAAUGGAUGGCAUUCUUGACACAGUCUCCGCAGAUCAUCCCAUACAUCCAUUGAUUGGGCUAUUGAAGUCUCAUGGGAAGCUUAUAUUUCUUGGUGCACCUGAAAAACCCGUCGAGCUACCUGUCUUUCCAUUACUUAUGGGGAGGAAGCUUGUAGCUGGAAGUGGGAUAGGAGGGAUGAAAGAGACACAAGAAAUGCUUGAUUUUGCUGCAAAACACAAUAUAACAGCAGAAGUUGAAGUCAUUCCAAUGGAUUAUGUAAAUACUGCAUUGGAGCGUCUCGCUAAAGGUGAUGUUAAGUACCGUUUUGUCAUUGACGUUGCCAAGACUCUUAAAACAGAAUGAUUAGGAGUUUUGCUUCGUCUAACUCUAGUAUUUUAUGAUGUUUUGGGCGCAAAACUGAUGAGUUUGAUUUCUUCUUGUGAAAAUUAUAUGAUGAAUUAAGAGUAGCUUCUCAAAUAUUGGAAAUUA